AUGACGGCGUACAUUCCUCGUCUUAGCACAAUACCGUACGAUGUAUUCGCGAACCCGGCCGCCUCGAUACUGCUACCUAUUGCGCUGGGUACUGCUGUAGGCUUUAGCUCUCGACCAAAACAAACCCAAGCCACAUAUGCUGCCAUGAAGCAGCCGCCGUUGCGACCUCCACCACAGGUUUUUGGUCCUGUCUGGACGGUACUCUACGGGUUAAUGGGCUACGCAGCUCACCGCGUCGUGACGAAGUAUCCGUCAUCCUUCGCCUCGACGGACGACGUCCGCGCACUAUAUUCCGCGCAACUCGGCUUAAACUUGUUGUGGAUGCCUCUCUUCUUCGGGCUACGAAAACCAGUUCUUGCGUUAGCCGACAUUGUAUCACUAGUCGGGCUAAACGGCUACCUAACAUAUCUGUACUUUUCAGUUGACAGCACAGCGGGCUGGUGUCAACUACCAUACAUGGUAUGGUUAGGUUUUGCGACGUACCUAACAGCGGGCGUUGGGUAUUUGAACAAUUGGGAUAUAUCGGAGGCUACAUUGGCGAAGAGGAUAUAA